AGUUAAUGAGAUAAUAACUCAUUCUCUUUUGGUAUUUAUACGGGUACAUCAAAAGAGGAUGCUUGAAUUUAUAAUAAGGUUAGUAACGAUUGGUAUUGAGAGGGAGAGGGGGGAAAUUAUUGCGAAAAUAAAUAAUAGGGUUGAUAUGGCGAUCAGAAUUGAUGGAAAGUGAUGCAGUAAGAUGAAUGUAUUCAGAUAGAUUUUACUAACAUAAGUUUAUUCAAUUAAGCAAUUAAGUAAAUAUUAUCUAUGAAAAUAAUUAUCAAUUUCAAAUUUAUUUUCAACAGCGUAAAUUGUUUGAUUUGAAUCUGUCAUUUGAGCAGGAUGGAGAGUGC